CUCAAAACCUAAUCGUAAAUUACCCAAAAAUGUUAAAUAUAAAGGAGGAUCAUGCAGGCUGAAGUACAGUAGCAAUUCGCAGGGGACGCGUGGUGAUCUAAGAGGCCUCAUUUCUCUGAGAAACUGACACAUUAUCGUCCCUGACAUGGUCAGCUAUUCCCUACCGAUAACAAUUUCGCUUCUUCAUUUCUUUUCUCGAUGUGAAAACGGUGAUGGGUUGUCAUUUUGCGGCUCCGUUAACCCAGAGAAAAGCUACCCUUCAUCAUCCCUCUCGCCUCCUUCCUUCUUCUUAUGUGAGAGCUGUAUAGCUCCUCUGGCUCUGGGGUCAACAAAAGAUUUCGAAGUUGCAUUGUUUGGACGUUUCCCAUAUCACAUUUUGCUUCUUAAAGAUCAUUGUCCACAGUUGAAUCUUAGUAAACAGAGGGGUUUCUUAACUAAUCAGAUUCUGCUUAAUGACGGAACCCAACAAUACCGAGUAUGUAGUGUUAGGAGAAGCAUCUUCUCCUAGGUUAGAAAAGUUCCAGAAGGUUUCAAUAGCGCCUCUUGUUUUCUUGAUCUUUUAUGAAGUUUCUGGAGGGCCAUUUGGGGUUGAAGACAGUGUCCAGGCAGCUGGACCCCUUUUAGCACUUAUUGGAUUUUUGGUUUUUCCAUUUAUAUGGAGCAUUCCGGAAGCCUUGAUAACUGCAGAAAUGAGUACCAUGUUCCCAGAGAAUGGUGGGUAUGUCGUAUGGGUAUCAUCAGCUCUAGGUCCUUACUGGGGCUUUCAACAAGGUUGGAUGAAAUGGCUAAGUGGGGUUAUUGAUAAUGCCUUAUACCCGGUUUUGUUUCUAGAUUAUCUAAAAUCUGCAGUACCAGCACUUGGGAGUGGUUUCCCUAGGGUAGCAGCUAUUCUGGCAUUGACUCUAGCUCUGACUUACAUGAACUACAGGGGUUUAACUAUAGUGGGAUGGGUUGCUAUACUCUUAGGGGUGUUUUCCCUUCUUCCUUUUGUGUUUAUGGGACUUGUAGCAAUCCCCAAAUUGGAGCCUUCAAGAUGGUUUGUGAUAGAUUUGGGUAAUGUGGACUGGGGUUUAUACUUGAAUACUCUCUUUUGGAAUCUCAACUAUUGGGACUCGAUUAGUACUCUUGCUGGAGAGGUGGAAAAUCCAAGUAAAACUCUUCCCAAAGCUCUCUUUUAUGCUGUUAUCUUGGUUGUUUGUGGGUACUUUUUUCCUAUCUUGAUUGGUACUGGAGCAAUUCCACUCAAUCGUGAACUAUGGUCUGAUGGAUAUUUCUCAGAUAUUGCAAAAAUUCUGGGAGGUGUAUGGUUAAGAUUGUGGAUCCAGGGUGCUUCUGCUUUGUCAAACAUGGGCAUGUUUGUGGCUGAGAUGAGCAGUGACUCCUUCCAACUUCUGGGAAUGGCAGAGCGUGGGAUGCUUCCUGAGUUCUUUGGCAAGAGGUCUUGUUAUGGAACUCCUCUUGCUGGGAUCUUAUUCUCUGCAUCUGGUGUGAUUUUGCUUUCAUGGUUGACUUUUCAGGAGAUUGUAGCUGCAGAGAACUUCUUAUACUGUUUUGGAAUGAUUAUGGAAUUUAUAGCAUUUGUGAAAUUGAGGAUGGAAUACCCAGGAGCUCCUAGGCCUUAUAAAAUACCUGUUGGGAUAGCUGGAGCAAUUUUGAUAUGCAUUCCUCCAACACUACUAAUUUUAGUGGUCUUAGCAUUUGCUUCUCUCAAAGUCACGGCCAUUAGCAUCAUCACAGUGAUUUUAGGGCUUGCCCUGCAGCCCUGUUUGAUGUAUGCUGGAAAGAAGAGGUGGUUUAGGUUCUCUGAGAAUUCUGACCUUGCUGACAUCCAUUUCACUUAUCACGAGCGUAAUGCACCGUGAAUGUGGUUUCCUUCUCAAUUCUCUGUGCACACGAAAUGCAUAUUCCAUUCAAUCCUUCUUAAAUGCUUAAAUUUUCUGUUGUUUUAAACAUGUUCAUCAGUGACUUGACAAAUGCUUUGUGGCCAACUGCUAUGAAUUUUAAUAUAAGUUGAAUAAGAAUUUCAUGGCAUGUAAGGAUAGCACAAAUGGGUUAGGAGACAAGCCUCAUGUGCCGUCUUCUAAAUCUA